GACUGGUUCAUAUUGUCUGAGACUCAGCUAAGAACCUUAUCCACAACCUCUCAUUUCACUUUCUUGCUAGUCCACCCAUCUCACCACCCAACUGUAUAUCCAUUUCCAUGCAUCAAUAAUUUACUACUUAGAACAUCAUCUUAUUAUUAUUUUUAUUUUUAUUUUUUAUUUGAUCUUUCUAUCUUUAUAUUUGUAAUAUCAACAAUCAAUCAAAUACAACUUCAACUUCUUUCUCCAAUCCAGUUUUCUUGGUGGGGGCUUUUAGUCCAAUAUGGCUUCUGUUACUAAUCCACUUCACUCUCCAAUUCGCGCUUCUCGAUUCUCUUCACUGUAUUUGUCACCCAUUAGAAUUUUACCUACUGUUGUUUCACUCAAGUCUCGAUCACUUGCUUCCAGAGCCACAAACUUGCCUUUUUCGCCAUUGCCGGAGAAGCUCAAACCGGCAAAGCCUGCGCUGGUUUCUGGUUGGAACCAACAGCUGCUGCUGAUCAAGCCACGAGGUCGUGAUGAGUUCCCGGCUGUGGCUGCUACAGCUGCUGAUGCUGAUGGGUCUCCAAAGGGCUUUGCUGAGAGAUUUCCUUUUCUGAUCACUGGCUUCUUUUUCUUUAUGUGGUACUUCUUGAAUGUCAUCUUCAAUAUACUCAACAAGAAGGUCUACAAUUAUUUCCCAUAUCCAUAUUUUGUUUCUGUUAUACAUCUCUUGGUUGGAGUGGUGUACUGUCUUGUUAGUUGGACUGUUGGUCUUCCUAAGCGUGCACCAAUUGAUAAGGAGCUCUUGACACUACUAACCCCAGUUGCAAUCUGUCAUGCCCUUGGACAUGUGAUGUCUAAUGUAUCAUUUGCAGCUGUUGCUGUGUCUUUCACACACACCGUUAAAGCGCUGGAGCCGUUCUUCAAUGCUACCGCUUCUCAGUUUGUUCUGGGCCAACAAAUACCCUUGUCUCUAUGGUUAUCAUUGUUACCUGUUGUGAUUGGUGUAUCAAUGGCUUCAAUGACUGAACUUUCUUUCAACUGGACUGGUUUCAUCAGUGCAAUGAUUUCAAACAUCUCAUUUACCUACAGGAGUAUCUAUUCAAAGAAAGCGAUGACAGGAAUGGACAGUACAAAUGUGUAUGCUUAUAUUUCAAUCAUUGCCCUCGUGUUUUGUAUCCCACCAGCAAUAGUAAUUGAGGGACCCCAAUUGCUGCAACAUGGUUUCAAAGAUGCUAUUGCCAAAGUAGGCCUUGUCAAAUUUGUGUCUGAUUUGUUCUGGGUCGGACUGUUUUAUCAUCUUUACAAUCAGCUUGCUACUAACACCUUGGAACGGGUUGCACCACUUACUCAUGCAGUUGGAAAUGUGUUGAAGCGAGUUUUCGUGAUUGGUUUCUCUAUUAUUGUGUUUGGCAAUAAGAUCUCUACACAAACUGGAAUUGGAACUGUAAUAGCAAUUGCUGGUGUUGCCAUUUAUUCUGUGAUAAAGGCUAAAAUGGAAGAAGAGAAACGGAAGGGAGCUGCACCAAAAGCAUCAUAAGGUUGUAUAUAGGAAUGGACUAUGCAGCCUAACACCCUUAAGAUUGAUAAGGGUGGUGGUAAGUUUAAUUUGCGUUUAGGGUUUCGUUGUUAUUGUUGUUUGUUGUUGUAUAUCUUCAUAAUCAGAUUCUUACACUGUUGAUAGCCCUUUAUGCCCUUUCAACUUUAUUCAAUGGUUCGACACAUGAAGCCUUGUUGUGGGAUGAUUCCAUGAAAAUAAAGAGUUUUGAGAAUUGAGAAUUAUCAGACAAAAUAUUAACCAUAUCAUAGAAUAAAUAUUAUAUAUACAUAUACAUAUAUUUAUACAUGUAUGUAUGUAUGUAUAUGUAUAUAUUGGUGGUUGUAUUUCAA